GCGAUUUCCAUUUGUGAGGCUGGCCCUGGCCACCCUCAGUGAUCCUGUUGCCUUCACUCACACGCAGUUGUGAUAAGGAGGGUGAAGUAGGAGCUAAAUAGGGAGGAGGUCUGGGCAAGGUCAUUUCUGCCAGAACACAGAGAAGUCAAGAUCUCAAGAGUGCAGUGGUAUAUAAAAAGGUCUACGCUGGUGAAUUAAAAAAAUAGAUGCAUGAAGAGGAAAAAUGAGGGUCCCUGUAUUUGAGGAUGUGAAAGAUGAAACAGAAGAAGAAAAAACAGGGGAAGAAGAAAAUGAAGAAGACAAGGUAUUCUUUAAGCCUGUUAUUGAAGACCUGAGCAUGGAAUUGGCCAGAAAAUGCACCAAACUCAUUAGUGAUAUCCACUAUAAAGAAGAGCAUAGAAAGUCUAAGGGCAAGUGUACCUUUGUGACUGACACACCUAUGCUAAACCACGUCAAACAUAUUGGUGCUUUUAUUUCUGAGGCAAAAUACAAAGGCACCAUUAAGGGGGACCUUUCCAACUCUCUUUAUAAGCAGAUGCCCGCCACAAUUGACAGUGUCUUUGCAAAAGAAGUUACCCAGCUGCAGAGUGAGAUUGCCUAUAAGCAGAAACACCAGGCUGCCAGAGGAUUCUCAGACUAUGCCCACAUGAAGGAGCCGCCUGAGGUCAGACACGCCUUGGAGGUCACGAAGCACCAGAGCAACAUUUCUUAUAGAAAAGAUGCGCAGGACACCCACAUGUAUAGUGCGGAGCCUGACAGACCGGACAUCAAGAUGGCAACGCAGAUCUCCAAGAUCGUAAGCAAUGCUGAAUACAAGAAAGGCCAAGGAGUAAUGAAUAAAGAGCCUGCUGUAAUUGGAAGACCAGAUUUUGAACAUGCUGUGGAAGCUUCUAAACUUUCUAGUCAAGUUAAAUACAAAGAAAAAUUUGAUAAUGAAAUGAAGGAUAAGAAACAUCAUUAUAAUCCUCUUGAAAGUGCUUCUUUUAGGCAAAGUCAGCUGGCCACUGCCCUGGCGAGUAAUGUGAAGUACAAGAAAGACGUUGAAAAUAUGCAUGAUCCAGUUUCAGGUCUCCCAAACUUGUUCUUAGACCAUGCUUUGAAAGCCAGCAAAAUGCUCAGCGGACGAGAGUAUAGAAAGCUCUUUGAGGAAAACAAAGGAAUGUACCAUUUUGAGGCCGAUGCUGCAGAACACCUGCACCAUAAAGACAACGCCAGGCUCCAGAGUCAGGUUAAGUACAAAGAAGAAUAUGAGAAAAAUAAGGGGAAAUCGAUGCUUGAAUUUGUGGAGACACCAUCAUAUCAGGCUUCAAAGGAGGCUCAGAAGAUGCAGAGUGAGAAAGUUUACAGAGAAGAUUUUGAGAAGGAGAUUAAAGGAAGGUCAUCACUGGAUUUAGACAAGACUCCAGAGUUUUUACAUGUGAAAUACAUCACCAACCUUCUGAAGGAGAAGGAAUAUAAAAAGGAUUUGGAAAAUGAAAUAAAAGGGAGAGGAAUGGAACUUAAUUCAGAAGUUCUUGAUAUUCAGAGAGCCAAGCGAGCAUCUGAAAUGGCUAGUGAGAAAGAAUACAAAAAAGAUCUGGAAUCAAAAAUUAAAGGGAAGGGAAUGCAAGUUGGCAGUGAUGCCCUUGGAAUCCAGCAUGCCAAAAGAGCUUCCGAGAUAGCUAGCGAGAAAGAUUAUAAAAGAGAUCUGGAGACGGAAAUUAGAGGGAAAGGCAUGCAGGUGAGCACAGGCACCCUCGAUAUCCAGAGAGCCAAGAGAGCAUCCGAAAUGGCCAGCCAGAAAGAAUAUAAGAAAGACUUAGAGAAUGAAAUCAAAGGGAAAGGGAUGCAAGUGAGCGUGGAUAUCCCGGAUAUGCUUCGAGCCAAGAGGGCAUCUGAAAUCUAUAGCCAGAAAAAGUAUAAAGAUGAGGCAGAGAAGAUGCUUUCUAACUAUUCUACGGUGGCAGACACUCCUGAAAUUCAGAGAAUUAAGACAACUCAACAAAACAUUAGUGCGGUAUUUUAUAAGAAAGAAGUAGGAGCUGGCACAGCAGUAAAAGAUACUCCAGAGAUUGAACGAGUGAAGAAAAAUCAGCAGAAUAUUAGUUCAGUGAAAUACAAAGAAGAGAUGAAGCCUGCAACAGCCAUUUGUGAUCCACCAGAGCUAAGGAGAGUUAAAGAAAACCAGAAGAACCUCAGCAAUCUCCAGUACCAAGAGCGAUGCUACAGAGCAACCCCAGUGAGCAGCACGCCAGAGAUGGAGCGGGUGAGGAGAAACCAGGAGCAGCUGAGCACGGUCAAAUACAAAGGCGAGUUGAAACAGGCAACUGCGAUUUCUGACCCACCAGAGCUGAAGAGAGUUAAAGAAAACCAGAAGAACCUCAGCAAUGUUUAUUAUAAAGGUCGCCUGGGAAGAGCUACGGCUUUAAGUGUAACUCCUGAAAUGGAAAGAGUAAAGAAGAAUCAAGAAAAUAUUAGUUCGGUAAAAUAUACUCAGGACCAGAAACAGAUGAAAGGUAGACCAAGUCUGAUUUUAGAUACACCUGGUCUCAGACAUGCCAAAGAAGCUCAAAAUCAUAUUUCAAUGGUGAAAUACCAUGAAGAUUUUGAAAAGACAAAGGGAAGGGGCUUUACUCCGGUCGUGGAUGACCCCGUGACAGAGCGAGUGAGGAAGAACACCCAGGUGGUCAGCGAGGCUGCAUAUAAAGGCGUCCACCCUCACAUCGUGGAGAUGGACCGGAGACCUGGAAUCAUCGUCGACCUCAAAGUUUGGCGCACAGAUCCCGGCUCCAUCUUCGACAUCGAUCCCCUGGAAGACAAUAUUCAGUCUAGAAGUCUCCGCAUGCUCUCUGAAAAGGCGAGUCAUUAUUGGAGACAACGGUCUCGAUCUCAUUCAGGCAGUACUUUUGGUACAGGCCUGGGCGAUGACAAAUCAGAAGUAUCUGAGACUCACCCUAGCUUUUCAUGCUGCAGUGAGGGAACAAGGCCGUCUGAUGAAGGAGCACCUGUUCUUCCUGGAGCCUACCAGCAAAGCCAUUCUCAAGGUUAUGGGUACAUGCACCAGACCAGCCUGUCAUCUGUGAGGUCAAUGCAGCAUUCACCAAAUCUAAGGACCUACCGAGCCAUGUACGACUACAGUGCCCAGGACGAAGAUGAAGUCUCCUUCAGGGACGGCGACUACAUCGUCAACGUGCAGCCCAUCGACGACGGCUGGAUGUACGGCACGGUGCAGAGAACUGGGAAAACCGGGAUGCUGCCAGCGAAUUACAUUGAGUUUGUUAAUUAAUCAUUUCUCCUUGCCCUCCGAGCUUUGUUCUCAUCUAUACUAAGCCUAAUCUUUUUAAAAGAUAGAAGAUACUUUUAAGACACACUUGGCAGUUAUUUUACAAUAAUCUCUCUUUCCUUUGACAAUUAGACACACAGGUACCAGGAAGAAGGAAUGACUUCUAGGCUGAAAACAGCAGCAUUUUUGGUAAUUUGUAUAAACAAAAUAAUUAGGUCUGGAGACCUGGUGCUGCUAAUUGUGUUCAUGGUUUCCUUUGAUUGGCUAUUGAACCCUUCUGGGAAAAUGUAUUUUUCUAGACUUUAAUAGAGAUGUUGAUUGUCCCUUAAAUGUCACAAGUAUAGGAAACUUCUUAGCUGUCACUUUAGAAUCACCAGAAGCCAAUUCUCUUAAUUCAGUAACAAAGCCAAUAAUUUAAAAAACCAUUUAGCUUUUGAGUCAGGAGGCAAUUUUCCAGUUUAAGGGAAACUUGCCUAAAUAUAAUAAAUGUAAGCAGUGGCAGAAUGACAGUUUGGUUAAAAUUAUAUUGACUGGUGGCCUUAGGGAUCUGGAAACUUCUACCAAACAAAGAAAUUUCCUUGUUCCCUGGGCCGACUUGGGUCUAUUUAUUUCUCAUUUGUACCGAGGCGUAUCCUACUCUCCAUUUACAUUCUGUGGACCCAAGUAUAUGCUUGGCUCCAUAGAAUGUCAGGACCAAAUAACUUCACAGCUACUCUGCAAAAGGGCAAAUUUUAAGGUCAUCUAUAUUAUUUCCCUAAUACUAGUAGCCGUGACCCUGUUGCAUGUCACGUAGGUUUCAGCUUCUGUAAUAUAGGCGGCUGCACUGCCCAUUCCUGUUAGUAAAACCAAGAGCGUGGCUGAUAGCGAAAAGUCCUUUCCUCUAGCUGCCAGCUCAUCAGAAAAACAUAACUCGAAAAGUUGCUUGAGAUUCUCCUGCUGCAUUGCACUCUCGUUUUGAAGGAUUUACACCUUAGGAAAUAGAUGUAUACUUUAGCAAAUAAGUGAUUUAGAUGUUUAUUGAACAGCUUUCCUUAACUUAAUGCCGCUGCUGAUUUCAAAGUAAAGCAAACUCCAUAGGAGCCAGUGACAAAGAGUUGGAAUAGGAAGUGUGCUGGAGGAAAUCAGAGACCACAAAGGACCAGCUCCGUACCGAGAGACAGAUGAUCUGGUUUCUUUUUGUAGAAAAUCGUACUCAGGAUCCUGGAAUGGAAAUCUCGCCACUGAAACCAGUUAAUGAAAAGACUUCCUUUCCAUUUUCUAAAUCACAUUCAGGGAGUGAGAGGGGAGUGUGACCAGAGAUUUUUGGUACAGGACUUAUCAGGCUGUUCAUUAGAAAAGAAAUGGUCACAUUUUGAUUUUCGAAUGAGUGGCUUUGCAGGCUCUUGCUGGAUUCACAGCCAUGACCAUCAUGUCAUGAAGUUUUACCUGGAGUCCACAGAUCACUGGAGAGAUUAACGCCCAUCAGCAACUCUGUGUUUUUCUGAUUGUGCCACUUUGGGGGACUUGCAACAGGGUAGCGUUCAUGUAAGGCCUGACUCUAGAGUGGUGAUGAAACUGAAAAAGCAAAGUUACAAAAAUGCAAUCAACUGUAUGGGUCUUGGGGAUAUCUGCCUUAUAGGAUAUAGUCAAAGAAAUGAACAAAAUAUCUCAUAAAAUAUCUUUGAAUGAAAUGUUUAUUAGGCCAAAGGCAAACAAACGUUAAUUCAUUUACGCCUUUGAAAAGUAAACACAUACUUUGGAAAAUCUGUAAUCUCAUUUUUAUCAGGCUAAAAGAGUAGUUAAAAAGUUUUAUUAUACUCACGCUGCAUCUACAUGACAUGGACAUAAAAUUGAAAGGAGAAAAAUCCAGGCACAUAACUAGAGAUAUUUUUGAGGGGCUUUUACGAUUACCACAUAACCAGCUUGGCUGAUUUUCUAUCAUUGAAAUGACUAGUUGUGAUUCAGUUGAUUAAACUCCACGUCUGUUUUGGUGUCUUAUACACAAAUCUACAAAGACAAGCAGAACUUGCAAUGUUCUUGCAGAAAUUUCUGUGCGUUAAAAUUGAGGGCAAUAAGCUUGCUUAUUCAUUUUAUUAUACCAUUAAAUAAAUAUUUACGAUUCACCCAGAUAGACCACAUUUUCUUUGUGAUUAUAUAAAAGAGUAGUUGAUUAAUUUGCAGACUAAAGGUAGGACCGGUACAUUUUUUGAUAAAUAGCACAUUUACAGGAAGCUUAAAGGAAACUGACUUAAAAUGAGGAUUCUAAUUGGGGAGGGAACCAUGAGAUAACAGCUUGACGUUUCAUUGUUUUUCUCAUUUAAACAUCAGAUUCACUGAAUGUACAAGUCAAUACUUAUUUGGAGAAUAGUUCUCCUAAAAUUUGAAACCUCACAUAAUGUUGGCAUAGCAAGAUGUUUCUGCUUCCAGCCUUCAGGAAUUAAGAUCUGAUCAGAAUUUACCUCGAAGGCAGUUAUCUUACAAUAAAGACUGAGCGAGAACACAUUGUCACAUGUUCCUGAUGCUGUAAUUCAGUAGUAUUGUCACUGUCACUAAAGCCUGUCAGGAUAUUAAGCAUCUCAGUAGAAAUAUGGGAAACGAUAUAUGUAGAAAACCAAAGUGCUAUUUUUGCAGCAUCAUUUUCAAAACUACAUUCUUGAACAGCUUUCCCCCUUUCCACACACCUCCUCUCACCUCCGAUUUGGCAACAUCCGUGACACUGACAACUCAAGAAGGGUUUAAAACAACAAAUCUUUCAAAAAUCAAGGUAACGCCCAAGCACAGGGCGCAGGCACCUGAUUUUCCGAAUGUGAUGUGUCCUCAAGCCUGACACAAGCACAAAGGCAGCUUGAUAUGCUUCUGAAAGCUUCCGAAAACAACUGUACAUGGAUCAUCUCUCUCUUGAGAAGAGCAUAGCAACAGAAUAUAUUGCUCUUGGUGUAAGGUUUUGUAGUAAACUUUUUACUUAUUCUCGUUCUCCAAGAAAGCUUUCUAUUUCUAACCUGUGGCAAGAUGAACUCUUCAUGUCUUCUUGUUCUUGUUGACACAUCCGCAGCGUAGCCCAUGUUGAAAUAUUUGUCUGGUUGUCAGGUCUCUGCGCUGUCCCUGGAUCUUCUCAGGCCUCCCCCACCCCGACCCCACCCUGAGACCACACAGGAAUUUGCAAGCACAAUUCCCAGGAGCCCCUUGUUGGAACACGGAUGCGACUAGAGCAGCCCCUCUCUUGCCACUAGGCUCAUGGUCCGAGGACUGCCAGUUUUGCCAGUCUUGCUUUCGCUGGCCUCUCCGUGUGGAGCUAGACAACACUCUGGGAUCUGGGAAAAGCAGACUUUUCUAAGGCAGACAGUGGAAGCGCAAGAGGCCGCAUCUCUUUUUCAGAUUUGCCCAUCUCCAGUGGAAGGUUUUUAAUGAAAAGAUAAAGAAAAUGUGAGAUCCUUUAGUAACUUCCCCUAUAUAAAGUGGAUAUAGUUUAUACCAAAAUUAUAAUAUAGAGAUAUAAAAAAUAUAGGUGCCUUUUUGAUCACCCUUGUUUAUCCAAUAUGGUCUUGGGAAGAAAACCAAGCACGCAAGCAUCUGCCUACUCUGUAGUACUAUUUUAUUAUGUGAUCAGUAUUUUUAUGGUGGGGACAGAUGAGAUAUUCCUGACAGAUAUGAAAGGUGAUAGCUGAUUAUAUUUUACCUCUAAAGCUUUGGAACUUUAGAAAAUACUGACUUCUUCCAUUUAUUUCUGAAAGGCUCUCUGUGGAUUUAUAUAUUGUUGAGCUACAUAAACAUUAACCUUAGGUCUGAGAUUUAAAACACCUAUUAUAUGAUAGAAGAAUUAUGUUAUAAGGCUGAAUUCGUGACCCAAGAUGAAGUUCACUUCAAAAAUCCAUUAUACCUUAGCUCUUUGCUUCUGAUCAUCUGAAAAUGGCUAGCGUGGGUUGUUUGGGUGGCAUGGAGGUGAGAAAGCUUUAGUUAAUAAGAAGCUCUGUAAACCAAGUGAAGAAUGCUAACAGGAACGUCUCUUUCCGAAGUAUUCCGUGCCCAUUAGGGUUCUUUCCAGGCAACUGUCAAUUAGUAGUGAUGAAAACCACAAAGGCAAUUGUGUGAUGCUUCUGUGGAAUCCACAAGCCUGGAAGGAUCCCUAGGGCACCGUCUCCUCCCCAGUUGUCUGGGUUACUUCAGUAUAGUCACAGGAAUUCCAUGUGCUUUUGUGUUUGAUACGUGGUAUCCAGUUUGCAUAGUAUAUACUUCUCUGUGAUGCAGCUGCUGUUAAGGAUGAUUUUCUUGAAAGGAAAAGAGAGAACUGCAUCAUGGUCCCAUUCUUCUGUGUCCAUAUGACGAACGGCUGAGCACUUAGAAGCAGCACUGCGUGUAUCACAGGCCAGGGGUGUGGAACUGUUGGUCUUGGACCUGCGGUAAAAAUGCAAAAUGGGAUCAUUGUGAAGACUGGCCUCUCUUUGCUUCAAAAUAUGUAGACUUGUGAUUGAUGAUUCAUUUGCAGGAUUGUUCUACCUAUGAGAGCGUUAAGAAACACAUCAUGGUUUUAAAAUGAAGGGGCUUACAGACCGAUGCAAUGUUAUAAAUAUAAUUUGGCUUUUGUUAUGCAAAUUGUUAACACCAGCUAUUAAAAUAUAUUUUAGUAGAAAUGCUUUAAUUCAUGUUUUUUUCCUCUACACUGUGAAUCUUUAAGCCUUGGUGGACUAGAGCAACAUUGUGCUGCCCAAAGGACUAACCUAUGCAACUAGUUCACAUUUUAGUGGAUGUCACAGUAAUUGUGUAAUGAGACAUUCUUUCCCUCCCGCGAUGGACAGCAGCAUUGAAAUAACACGUUAAGCCUAGCCUCAUGUAUGUAUAGUACAGUUAUUCACAAACCCUUCAAGGCUACCGUAACCACUAGCACUAUCCGUCGUAUAAAAGCAGAUUACUGAUUUAUCUAUGAAAAAGACUUGAAUGAUGUCAGAACAAGAACGACAGAUGAAUGCGUCGGCCGUGGCUUCCAUGUGGUCACUGAAAGUUGUUCCCUGUGAUGGAAGCGUGUUCUCAGAUGCACUCUCUCCAGGGUAUUAUUAUUCUGUGUCUUUCUUUCUGUAUUUGUAAAACAUUAUAAUGCUUUAAUUUCCUAUCUCUACACAUUCGGUUUGCUUAAAUAAAUGCAGGAUAUAACAAAAUGGUCCCACUUCUUGGUUCUCACCUUGGUUUCUUGGAGCAUGGGUCCUUGACAAUAACCUGGGUAUGGGUUUAUCCUGACAACUCAGGUGAGAUCGCCUGGGAGGUGUACGCUGGCUUCAAUGCACUUAAAUUGGUAAGUCAUUCAAAAUGAGUCUCCCUCCUCCAAAUAAACUUAGUUUUAAAUGA